AAUGCCUCGGUCAGUACUGCCAUUCACGCACAACGACUCCGAAUCUUUCAUUUGCCAUGACAACCUGGGCAAGGUGAAAAAGCACGGUGCAGGCCAGAGAUAUGUCAGCCCCACCACUGGGAUCUGUCGAAAACUCGUACUGCAAGCCGUCAACCCCUCUAAGACAGCCGAGGUCAAAGAAGUUGCCAUCAGUAAUCACGCCAACGAGACGAGCAAACUCGGCAUAUGGCUGUCAUCCAACUGCCCCAUAAGAGGAUGGAUAAUUUUCGAGUGGAUCCGCAAAUGGUGGUUGUUUAAUUGGCUGCUAUUAUGGCCAAUCAUCUGGUUUCUCGUCCAACUUUACUUCACAUCUGGGGAUGACUCGGACUCUGAGAAGGAUGUGGGUUUACAUAACAAUGGAUACUACAAACCGUAUAUCCGCAGGUUUCGCGGUCAGCUAUGGGCAGCUCGUUCUUCCAUGGAGCAUUCUUCGCGCAUUAGAGAGGAGGAAGAGAAGGAAAUUCGGAUACGCACUCUUUAUCCUCGACGUCUCAUGAUCCGCAACCGGAACGAGUGGGUUCAAUGCGAAGACCGUGAUAUCAUCAUCCGCACCAAAUUCAUCGCCAUCUCCUUCCGCACUCUCGAUGCCUUCACUUGGGGAUCACCGAGUGAGAAAAAAGACAGGGCAGACUUCAUAGACGAGGUUCGUGCAGCGGUGCUCGGACAGAAAUUUGAUGCCUAUUGGCUCGACCUGGAGUGUGUAGGAGAGGCUCAGUCAGAGAAGAAUUUGGAUGUCUACUGCAUGGCAGACGUCUACCGCAGAGCGGAGGUGACUUUGAUCAUGCUCGGGAAAGCUGCCACGUCUGGAGAGGACGAGUGCUGGAAGGGCUGGGGCCAACGGGCAUGGACUUUUCCCGAAGUCCUCCUGAGCUCUCGUCUUUAUUACAAGUUCCGGGAUCGGAAAGAGGUCAAGUCGUUGUCAUUGUUUGAGCUGGCUAACCUGGCCUAUACGCACUCCGACGAUGAACAAGCAAUCGUCAACGCAUACGGUGGGAAGGAUCCGCUUGAGCGGCUGGAGCGCUUGACACUCCUGAAACAAGCUAUAUGGAGGCGCGGUACAUCAGCUCAUCCAAUGGGCCCUCCAUCCUUGGCAAAGUUGGAUAUGAUAGGUGGGGGGUCUAUCGCCAGUGAGGCGUACCCGGCGGAGCGUGUCUAUGCUCUCAUGGGCUUUUUUGAGCACCGCAUUCUUCCGAACCACAUGGAGGACGAGUUGACAGCCCUCGCAAGGUUGUCAAUGGCCAACGAUAACGACCGGAUCAUUGAGCGCAUGAUAUCCAUGCUUCCCUCGACCAUCACCGAGAGAGCGUGCUGGUACGCCGACAAUGAUGUGUACCACGCGAAUCUUUGGGACAUCAUCCCGGAGUUCCAAGUCUCUGGCGUGACGAAGAGCGGAGCUCUCGUUGCGGAUGGCUGUCGGGCGGCAGCCAUCAGAUGGAAGGACUUCCCAGAGGUUGUAUGUGCGACUUCGUACUCGCAGACGAAGCAGAUUGCCAGUUUCAUCCCAUAUAUCGCCUGGCCAGUCAUUUUAAUCGGGCUAGGGAUUGUGACGACCAAAAGCAAAAAGGGAGGUAUCGCAUGCAUCGCCAUUGGAUUGAUUAUCCUCCUGCUUUCCCCUGUACUGUUUUUCUACAGCAAAUCUGGUUCUGUUUUCAUUGCGCAACCGUGGCUCAUCGGGGUCAAAGGAGUGAUCCAUAGAGAUGUUGUAGAGAGUCUUUUGUAUGGGGGCACCAUAAAACGUUUCCCGAGGAUGUUUUUCACACCGAGUGGUUCUCGAUUCUCGGUUCCGGAACGAUACGAGUUACGGGGAGGCUCACCAGCGCAAUACGACGAAGCGAUAAUAGAAGAGAGUGGAUUAUAUCCGGGACACAUGUACACGCUCAUCGACACAUACUCAUCGACGAUGUACUAUUUCCGUGCUGAGAAAGCGCCGACAGGAGGGCUUGGCAGGUUCCUGCUUUGUUCGGAGAACUGUCAGAGCAAUGAGCUGCAUAAGGAGAGCAUCAUUCAGAAGAUGGAGUUGUGUGGUUGGGUCGCGCUUGGAUGA